ACAGAGCUGGGCUUGGUCACAGAUGGUUCCUGUUGGGGGAAGAACAAGGGUACAGCUGCCCAGGCCUCCUCCCCUGCUGCAUUAUCACCAGCAGGCAGCUGUCUGCCUUCCCCUCUCGCCAUGGGACACAACUCCCCCUCCACAUCAACCCUGGCGGUCACAUGAGCACCCAGCACCCCUUGCAAGGCACACUCCAGAGCAGGCUGGACAGCAGUAAGUCAGAGACACUCAGGGCAGGGUGGCCCAGGGACAGAACCAGCAGCCGCUCGCCUGCAUUGUCUGUUAUGCAAUCAGCGGGAGAGGCUGGAGCUCUCCUCCUGUGUGGAUUUAGAACGGCUCCUCUCCCCUGCAAAGUGGCUGAGAGCAUGUGAGAGACUCACCCGCCAUAGCCCUGCACGGCCUCUCGACGCAGCUAGCCUCCAGCCGAGAGCUCAGGUGGAGCUGGGGAAGGAUCCUCUCCAGCAGUGCUGGCAGCAGAGGGCCUGGCACUGCAUUUCUGGAGCCCACCACCACGCAGUUCAGCUGGCACUGCAAGCAACCGGCUGGCUUUAAUGGCUGGAGGCUCUUCCGAGCUGGAAAACCGAGCUUCCGCCUCCGCUUGCCAUGGCGCCUGGGGAAGGGGCUCCAGGGGAACCAGCCAAGGUAGUGCAGAGAAGAAGAAGGCAGCCACCAUGCCUGACUCGCCGGCCGACGUGAAGACUCAGUCCAGAUCGACACCCCCCAACAUGCCUCCUCCGCCACCAGCCGUCACGCAGGGAGCCACGCGGCACCCCUCCUUCACGCCAAACACCAAUCAAGAAGCUGGGCCUCCGACGUUUCUGCCUCGCGGCCGUUUUCAUGGUUGCUUGAAAUGGUCGAUGGUCUGUCUUUUAAUGAAUGGAAGCAGCCACUCCCCCACCGCUAUCAAUGGAGCUCCCUCCACCCCCAACGGGUUCAGCAACGGCCCUGCCACCUCCUCCACUGCCUCCCUGUCCACCCAUCAGCUCCCUCCCGCCUGUGGCGCCCGGCAGCUCAGCAAACUCAAGCGCUUCCUGACCACCCUGCAGCAGUUUGGGAACGACAUCUCCCCGGAGAUCGGGGAGCGGGUGCGCACGCUGGUGCUGGGGCUUGUGAACUCCACGCUGACCAUCGAAGAGUUCCACGCCAAGCUCCAGGAGGCAACUAACUUCCCACUGCGCCCCUUCGUCAUCCCCUUCUUGAAGGCCAACCUGCCCUUGCUGCAGCGCGAGCUGCUCCACUGCGCCCGCAUGGCCAAGCAGACCCCAGCCCAGUACCUGGCCCAGCACGAACAGCUGCUGCUCGAUGCCAACGCCUCGUCCCCCAUCGACUCCUCUGAGCUGCUCCUGGAGGUCACCGAGACCGGCAAGAGGAGGACACCAGACAGGACCAAAGAGAACGGCUUGGACCGAGACCCUCUGCACCCCGAACACCUCAGCAAACGGCCGUGCACCAUGAGCCCCGCUCAGCGGUACAGCCCCAGCAACGGGCUGAGCCACCAGCCCAACGGGCUGCCCCACCCCACCCCGCCACCGCCACCGCCACCGCACUACCGCCUGGAGGACAUGGCCAUGGCACACCACUACCGGGACAGCUACCGGCACCCCGACCCCAGGGAGCUCCGGGAGCGCCACCGGCAAGCGGCCGUGCACGGCUCCCGCCAGGAGGAAGUGAUCGACCACAGACUAACAGACAGGGAGUGGGCUGAGGAGUGGAAACACCUCAACAACCUGCUGAACUGCAUCAUGGACAUGGUGGAGAAGACGCGGCGCUCCCUCACCGUGCUGCGCCGCUGCCAGGAGGCCGACCGCGAGGAGCUCAACCACUGGAUCCGCCGCUACAGCGAUGCUGAAGACAUGAAGAAAGGCACCAACCCCCCACCCCGCCCCCACAACAGCUCCUCCAACUCCGAGGCCCCCCCAUUAGACGCUCACCGGGAGUUUGUGCCCAGGCCCCUCUCUGGUUACAUGCCCGAGGAAAUCUGGAGGAAAGCUGAAGAAGCUGUGAACGAGGUGAAGCGCCAGGCCAUGUCCGAGCUCCAGAAGGCGGUGUCGGACGCGGAGCGCAAAGCCCAUGAGCUGAUCACUACCGAGCGAGCCAAGAUGGAGAGGGCCCUGGCGGAGGCCAAGCGCCAGGCUUCCGAGGACGCGCUGACGGUGAUCAAUCAGCAGGAGGACUCGAGUGAGAGCUGCUGGAACUGCGGGCGCAAGGCCAGCGAGACCUGCAGCGGAUGCAACACGGCCCGCUACUGCGGCUCCUUCUGCCAGCACAAGGAUUGGGAGAAGCACCACCAUGUCUGUGGGCAGACUCUGCAGGGCCUCCAGGCCUCCGCCGGCGCAGCCCCUUCCUCCGGGGUGGGCUUAGGGGUGGGCUCAGCUCAACCGGAUGUGGUGGCUGUCGGCGCCUCCAUCACCAGCGUGGCCACCAUGGCCGCCAGCCCCAGCGAAACCAGCUCAGCUGCUGCGUCGCGCUCCGGCACGCCAGCCACCCCAGCUCCUCUGGAAACGGCGUCACGCUAACCGACCGACCGACCGGCCAGCCAACAGAGGGGAAAGAAACAGAGAAACCUACAGAACGUCACUGCUGCUACUGCUUCUCUCCAAAAGAAAAACUAACUGCAUUCAAUGCAACUUCCUCAGCUACCUGACUCUUCUGUGACCUCCAAAUGACCUCUCGAUCUCGCAUAUGUAAUCCUCACGGAUCCUCAAACUGGGCUUUAAGUGGAGUUAAGGCAAAUACCAAUCUUCUCUGUUCUCACUUCGGUUUUCUAUGAUUUGGGGAGUUAUCGUCGUCGUCGGUUUGUUUGUUUUCUUCUUUUCGGACAAGGAAUUUGUCCGCAAACUCUACGCACCUUGACUCGGGGAAAAGAAACCCACCAGUCUGUGUCCCACUGGAGAUGUGCGUGUGUGUGUGAAAUCUCCAUUCCGGUGCGGCCGGGGGAUGGCAUGAUGAAGGAUUUCGAUUUUAGAAGGCAAGAAACUUCUUCUCUUUUUCUUUUCUUUUUUUUUUUGUAAAAAAAAAUAAAAUAAAAUAAAAAAUAAAAACGUCAAACUCUUUGGCUUUAAGUAAAAAAAAAAAUCCAAAAAACAAACAAAAGAAAGUAAAACCAAGUAAAGGAAGCUUACCUGUAAACUACCUUGCUAGCUAGCCAAGAACAUACCAGACUCACCUCUGCUCCAAAGGAAAUCCAAAAACAAACAAACAAAAAAAUCCAAACUUUUUUUCCACUGCCAAAGUUUUUUUGGUUCUCUUGUUGGUUAUUUUUACUUUUUCGGUUGAUGGUUUUGGUUUGUUUUUUGUGAAACAAGGAGCAGCACUUAUCCCUUUCAACCAAACCACGACGACUGGCCAAAGGCAAGCCGGCGCUCUUGGACUCCUUGCAUUCUUUGGUGGGGUGGGGUGGGUUCUUGCGCUGGACUCUCAGCAUCCACACGUACCUUGAAGGAGGAAGGACGCGCAUCUGUGGAUUUAAAGAAUUUUAUUAAAAUAAAGCAAAAACAAACAAAAAAAGAUACACAACUUUUGUGCGUGCGUGUGUGUGUGUGUGUGUGUG